CCGGGCAGAGCCCCGCGUGUGCCCGCGCCCUCACCCCGGGACCGCCGCCUGGGCCGGCGCAGGGCGAGCCCGGGGCUCUCCAUGCUGCCGGCCCGGGGGCUGCGGAGUCGGCCGGGUGGCUCCUGCGAUGGCGACGGAAGAGGAGGAGGCGGCGAGAGGUAAAGUGUUGAUCGAAGGGAACCAGUGCAUUGCUGCCAUGGUUUCCAGUCAUCUGAGCCCAUGGACAAAACCAGCGACUAUUGGAUCCUUCAGCCCACAUGUGACAGAGUUUCCAAGAAAACGAAAAGGGAGUGAUUCAGACCCAUCCCAAAUGGAAGAUGGUGAACAACAAGUAAAAAUGAAGUCCUUCAGAGAAGCGCAUAGCCAAACCGAAAAGCGCAGGAGAGAUAAAAUGAACAACCUGAUUGAAAAACUGUCCGCGAUGAUCCCUCAGUGCAAUCCCAUGGCACGGAAACUGGACAAACUGACAGUUUUAAGAAUGGCUGUUGAACACUUGAGAUCUUUAAAAGGUAUGACAAGUUCUUAUGCAGGAAAUAAUUACAGACCUUCAUUCAUUCAGGAUAAUGAGCUCAGACACUUAAUUCUUAAGACUGCAGAAGGCUUCCUAUUUGUGGUUGGAUGUGAAAGAGGAAAAAUUCUCUUCAUUUCUAAAUCAGUCUCCAAAAUACUUAAUUAUGAUCAGGCUAGUUUGACUGGACAAAGCUUAUUUGACUUCUUACAUCCAAAAGAUGUUGCCGAAGUAAAGGAACAACUUUCUUCCUCUGAUAUUUCACCAAGAGAGAAGCUAAUAGAUGCCGAAACUGGUUUGCAAGCUCACAGUAAUUUCCACACCGCAAGGAGUUGUGUGUAUUCUGGCUCAAGACGAUCCUUUUUCUGUCGAAUCAAGAGCUGUAAAAUCUCUGUUAAAGAAGAGCACGAAUGCUUACUCAACUCAAAGAAGAAAGAUCAUAGAAAAUUCUGUACUAUCCACUGCACUGGUUACUUGAGAAACUGGCCUCCAAAUAUUGUUGGAAUGGAAGAAGAAAUGGACAAUAAGAAAGACAGUAGUAAUUUUACCUGCCUUGUUGCCAUUGGAAGAUUACAUCCAUAUAUUGUCCCACAGAACAGUGGAGAGAUUAAAGUGAAACCAACUGAAUUUAUUACCCGUUUUGCAGUGAAUGGACAAUUUGUCUAUGUUGAUCAAAGGGCAACAGCAAUUUUAGGAUAUCUGCCUCAGGAACUUUUGGGAACUUCUUGUUAUGAAUAUUUUCAUCAAGAUGACCAUAGUAAUUUGACUGACAAGCACAAAGCAGUUCUGCAGAGUAAAGAGAAAAUAUUUACAGAUUCAUACAAAUUCAGAGCAAAAGAUGGCUCUUUCGUAACUUUAAAAAGCCAGUGGUUUAGUUUCACAAAUCCUUGGACCAAAGAACUGGAAUAUAUUGUGUCUGUCAACACUUUAGUUUUGGGACAUAGUGAUACUGGAGAAACAUCAUUACUUCCUUGCAGCUCUCAAUCAUCAGAAGGAUCCUCAAGACAGUCUUGCAUUAGUGUGCCUGGAAUGUAUACGGGAACGGUACUUGGUGCUGGUAGUAUCGGAACAGAUAUUGCAAGUGAACUCUUGGACUUACAAAGGUUACAGUCUUCUUCAUCCCUUGAUGAUUCAAGUCCAACAGAUUUAUUGAAAGAUACUCACACUAUAAACUGCAGGAAUAUGUCAAAUAAGGAGCUGACUACACUAAGUCCUUCUGAAAUAGGGGAGCUACAGGCUACAAAGCAAAACCAAAGUGCUGUUGCUCCCCAUAGGCACGAACCACUCCUUGGAGAAGGUGCCCAGCUGGAUUUUGAUGCCCUCUGUGACAAUGACGACACAGCCGUGGCUGCCUUCAUGAAUUACUUAGAAGCAGAGGGGGGGCUGGGAGACCCUGGGGACUUCAGUGACAUCCACUGGGCACUCUAGCAUUUGAUUUUUAACUCAACAUGAGAAAUAUUUUGAAGCAUUUCGCUUACAAAAAACUAUAUAUUCUUCUGUACUGUACUGAUAACUGUUUUUAUCUUUUAUUCCUAUUAAUGGUUGACCAGUUUUUAUAGAUUUGCUCCUGACUUUCACAGGGGUACAGGGAAAUGUGAUGUUUCCCUUCAAAUUCUCAAAAUUUUCUAUAGACCACUUUACUCACUGACAUAGCUUAAAACCCACUAGUUGCUAUAUUUUUGCUAAAGUCUUUCUAACCAAGGAUACCACAUGUAUCUUGUUUGGGUUUUGUUUUUAUUUUUUGAUGCACUUGUUUUGAGUUUGGGGAAUUUAAUGUGUUGACAUCUUCCUUGUGUCUGAGAUUCAUUUAUAAUUGAUUUAUAAUAGAAGAUUUGUGUAAUUUGGAA